GAAAAAAUAAUAACUACAGAGAAGAAAAUACGCGUUCGUCGUAAUAACAAAUACAUACCAGAAAAGAAAGUUUAUUAAAUCUAACAAGAUUUCAUGGAAAAUCUACGAAUAAUAUAUUCCAAAUAUCCAUAAAAGAUUGGGUAUUAUUGUUUUCCAGUUAAAUACAAAGUAUAGUUCGCAUUUAAAACAAAAAAUUACAAAGAAAGAAAAAGUUACGAGUUGGCGGUGGUGGUGGACAGGUGGUGUUCUUUUGUGUUGUUUUUUCUACCAAAAAGGAUUUGCUGGGGAAAAUACACAUUAUAGAUAUCCAAAAAGAAAAAAAUUCAACUGUCAAUUGUCUUGUUUGCCUUGGUAACGUUGCUGCGUGUUGGUGGUGGUGGUUGUGAAGAAAUAUUACCAUAAACAUGAGUGCUAGAGCACGAAGACCUGGCACUGGCAAUAGCCAAACACUGAAUGAAUGUGUACAGGUGGUGGUACGAUGUCGGCCCAUGAGUAAUAAAGAACGUUCGGAGGGAUAUGAUGAGGUCAUCAGUGUUUAUCCGAAACGGGGUGUCAUCGAAAUCUCCAAUCAAACGGAUACGCAAAAGGAACAGCGCAAAGUAUUCACCUAUGAUGCUGUCUAUGAUCCAGGUGCCUCACAGACCACGGUAUACAAUGAAGUGGUGUUUCCAUUGGUCAGUUCUGUAUUGGAGGGCUAUAACGGGUGUAUAUUUGCCUAUGGUCAAACGGGUACGGGUAAAACAUUUACCAUGGAAGGUAUUCGAGGAAAUGAUGAGUUGGUGGGUAUUAUACCUCGUAGUUUUGAACAAAUCUGGCUGCACAUCAAUCGUACGGAGAAUUUCCAAUUUCUUGUUGAUGUUUCCUAUUUGGAAAUUUACAUGGAAGAAUUGAGGGAUCUCUUGAAGCCCAAUUCCAAGAAUCUUGAGGUGCGUGAAAGCAGUUCCGGUGUCUAUGUACCCAAUUUGCAUUCGGUGACAUGUAAAAGUGUUGAGGACAUGAUGAAUGUCAUGAAGGUGGGCAAUAAAAAUCGUACCGUUGGCUUUACCAACAUGAAUGAACACAGUUCCAGAUCCCAUUCCAUUUUCAUGAUCAAAAUUGAAAUGUGUGACAUUGAGACAAACACCAUCAAGGUGGGUAAGCUGAACUUGAUCGACUUGGCUGGCAGUGAACGUCAAAGUAAAACUGGUGCCUCGGCUGAGCGUUUAAAGGAGGCCAGCAAAAUUAAUCUGGCCUUGUCGUCUUUGGGAAAUGUCAUUUCUGCUUUGGCUGAAAACUCACCCCAUGUACCCUAUCGAGACUCAAAGUUGACCCGCUUGCUGCAGGAUUCUCUGGGUGGUAAUUCGAAAACCAUUAUGAUUGCCAAUGUUGGACCCUCGGCCUAUAAUUACAAUGAAACCCUGACCACAUUGCGUUACGCCUCUCGCGCCAAAGCCAUUCAAAAUCAACCCAUAAAGAAUGAAGAUCCACAAGAUGCUAAACUCAAGGAAUACCAAGAAGAAAUUGAACGCCUCAAGCGUUUGAUAGGUUCCAAGCAGCAUGUCAAGGUGGAAAAGCCCGUCAAGAUAAAGGUGGUGAAAAAACCCAAGGAAAGAAGAGAAAAACAACACAGAGAAAUGGCGGAGAGUAUACAAACGGUGGGUGCAAUUAAUGACAACUCCCUUGAUGCAGAUGCAGCUGCGGCUGGUGCCGGUGGAAAAGAGGAAGAAGAAUCGGACAAAGAAAACGAAGUUGAGGAGGAGGUGGCCAAGACCAAUGAACAACUGGAAAGUGAACGUUUGGAAACGGCCAAAUUGGCAGCUAAACUCAAGGAACUCGAAUCUCAAAUGGUAAGGGGUGGCAAAAACCUCCUCGACACCUACAGCGAAAGGCAAAUCGAAUUGGAAAAAAAGUUGGUAGAGAUUGCCGAACGUAAAAAACGUGAAAUUGAAAUGCAACAGAAAUUGGAACUGCAGGAAGAAACCACUUUGGAAAUUCGCGAAACAGUCACAUCUCUGGAACAGGAAGUGGAAUUGAAGAAACGUAAACUUUCCAAAUGCUAUGCAAAAUUCCUGGCUUUACAGCAGGAAUUGAAUGAUUGUAAAUUCGAGCACAAUCAAGAUUUGCGGGAACUAGAAAUGGCCCAAAAUGAAUUGGUCAAGGAACUGAAGCGCCAACUACUCAUCAUUGACAACUUUGUGCCGGUGGAAGUCAAACAAAGAUUAUAUACCCAAGCCAAAUAUGAUGAAGAGCAGGAGGAAUGGAAAUUCUCGGCAUUGCCGGUGGGCAAUGACGGCACCUACAAUACCAAACGUCCUGUAUCGCAUCCCCAAAGACGCCGCCCCAUAUCGGAAUAUGCCUUACUCGAGGCCAAAUCGAAUACAAGUGAGGCGGGCCUACGCUUUAAAAGUGAAAACAUUGUAUCCUAUGAAUUGGAAAUGCCAUGUCGCACUACUCAGGAAUAUAAGACACCAAAAAUCUCUGCCUCUCUGCAGGCUGUGUUGGCCCAGGCCAUGCAAACGGGUGACGAUAUUGAUAUCGUGGAGAAUCACACAAAUUCCAUACGCAGUCGUUUGGAGAGUAUUAUUAAUGCCAGUGCUAAUGCUGCAGCAGCGGCUGCGGCGGCAAACGCUGGUGGCAGUAACAUGAAUGGUCAUGCCACUACUGCCAAUGGAGGAGGAGGUGUGGCCACGGCCAAUGGUGGUGUUGGCAGCCGCAUUAAAUCUAGUCGUAUUGCAUCAGGUAUACCACCAUCAGCCAUGGACUCGAAUCGAAGACCCCCAACUGGUCGUCCUGCAACAACAGCCAAGAAGCCUGUGUCAGCUUAUCCCAAAGCUCGAGGUCUAGUCACAAAAUGAACUCCGGCCACAACAACAAGAAGAAAACAGAAAUGACCAAACCAAAAAAUCCAAAAGAGAAAUGAGUAGAAAAUUUGAAUUGAAAACAAUUAUUUAUCUCAAUCAUCAUGUGUUUAUGUCUUUAUAUGGUUCGAAAAAAAAAAAAACAACAAAACAAAAACAA